AUGUCAGCCUCUGGUCCUUCAACUGCCAACGUGGGAUCAAAAGAGCUACCUCGGCCUUAUAAAUGUCCUAUUUGUGACAAGGCCUUUCACCGACUAGAGCAUCAAACAAGACACAUCCGAACUCAUACUGGUGAGAAGCCUCAUGCCUGUACAUUUCCUGGUUGUACCAAAAGAUUUAGUCGUAGUGAUGAGCUGACUAGACAUCUACGAAUUCAUACAAAUCCCAACUCCCGUCGCAACAAUAGGAAUGCCAAAUAUACUUUAGAACCAAAGGACGGCAAACUGGAUGCUAAUGGGUCGGUUACUAGUAUUCAACAAGCUGGUGCUUUACCAAAUCCGCUAGGAAUUUCGGGACUCAACAAUAAUUCACCUGGCCUAGCCCCUCCUGGUACUGGCACUUUACUUUUUAAUGGGACCGCUACGGCUACCGGCUCUAGCACUUCUGUUAUGAAACAGCCUAUUACAGAAUAUGGCAAACCGUAUACAGGAGCUGGACCUGGUAGUAGUCUAGCUGGACCUGGCUCGCUGGGUGCACCAACGAAGUUAACUCAAAGCGCCUCGUUAACAAACCUUCCAUCAUUAGCUACUUUUCAUCACCCGUCACAGCAGUCUAGUUUCAGUGGUAACUUCUUGCCACCAGUUCCACAACAUCAACAGUCACCUUUAGUAAAGUCUGAGUACUCAUCUGCCGCAAGUACACCAUACUCAUCAUCGCCCUCUUCGCCAACUCUCCACCAUCUUCAACCCUCUAAGCCAACCGACUCUUCACCUGCUAACGCAGGUGGUGCUGCAGGCGGUGCUGGUACUGGUGGUUUCUUCCGUGUUCCUCAUUCCUCGUUUGGAAACUCAUCGGGAGCUAGAGGCGGUCUGUUUGAUAUGAAUGCUUUGGCUACUGCCGCUACUCAGGAAUUGGAAAGAGAGAACGCUGCUGCCGCCGCUGCUGCUGCUGCUGCUGCUAACGGCAGCCCCGGUGCAAGUACCAACUCAAGUGCCAAUACCACACCACCUCUUCACGCACCAGCUCCUACGGUGCAACAGUCCUCAUCCUCUCCAUCACUCGCUUCGUAUUUUUCACAAGGAAUUGCCCGCGAGAACGGUUCGUCUUCAUCCCAUCAUCAUCAUUUUGGACACCAUCAUCACCACCCUUAUUCUGGCGUUCAAAGAAUUACUCCACUUACGUCUUUAUAUAAAGCCAGACACGAUGAUGACGAAGUCGACGUAUAUGCACAUAGAUCCAAGAAAUCGAGGCCAAACUCGCCUACUUCGACAGCACCAAAUUCACCUACAUUUUCACCAUCUGGUUCACCAACACCUGAUCACACGCCGUUAGUUACUCCCGCCCAUUCUCCCCGAUUGCACCCUAGAGACGACUUAGCCGGUCUUCAACUGCCAAGUAUUAGGUCACUAAGUUUAGGUAGACAUAUGCCACCUCCUCUGCAGCCACUAGAGGUGGGGCAACAUCCGCCUCCGCCUACUGCUCGAACACAGCAACAACAGCAGCAACAACAACAACAGAACACUCAACAACCACAACUUCAACAUCAGCAGAAUGCUCAUGGCGCUACCACCCCUACUGUCUCAGGCUCUCCCAGUGCCCCCAAUUCGCACAGUAGUUUGGGUAGGGUGUCGUCGGGUCUUGCUCUUUCGGCGCUGAAUUCAGCAGCCAAUAGUCCUGAGUCUUCUUCAGCAUCGACCCCGAAUUCCGCGGGACCUCCUUCGGCUGUCAGCACCCCUUCGACCUCUUCUAUUCCUAGAGUAGCAGUAUCUGAUUUGAUUAAUGGACCUGGAUCCUCGUCUUAG